AUGGCACACAAAUCUGAUCCAAACAAGCAAGGAUGGGAAGAAUCUGAAUUUCCAAUCCUUUGCGAAACUUGUUUGGGAGAUAACCCUUACGUUCGAAUGACUAAACAAUGUUAUGGUAAAGAAUGUAAAGUGUGCUCUCGUCCUUUUACAAUUUUCCGAUGGCUUCCUGGUGCUGGAAUGAGAUAUAAAAAAACAGAAAUAUGUCAAACCUGUGCAAAAUUAAAAAAUGUCUGUCAAACAUGUUUAUUGGAUUUACAAUAUAAUCUUCCAGUUCAAGUUCGUGAUACUGCUCUUAAUGUUACUAAUGAUGCGCCUAGAUCUGAUAUUAACAGAGAGUACUUUGCACAAAAUAUUGAAGGAAAGAUUUCGGGUCCAGAAAGCCUUAUAAAUUAUGGAAAGGCUGAUUCAGCAGGAAAAGACAUGCUAAAAAAAUUAGCUAGAACAGAACCUUAUUACAAACGAAAUAGACCACAUAUUUGUUCAUUUUAUGUUAAAGGAAACUGCACACGUGGCGACGAAUGUCCUUACAGGCAUGAAAUACCCGAAGAAAAUGAGUUGUCACAUCAAAACAUUAAAGAUAGAUAUUAUGGAACCAAUGAUCCAGUUGCCAAGAAAAUGCUUAAUCGGGUAAAAGGUGGUGGUGGUUCAAACAUUACCCCUCCUGAAGAUAAAACUAUAACUUCAUUAUUUAUUACAGGAAUAGAAGAUGACAUUACAGAAUCAGAUCUAAGGGGGCAUUUUUAUGCUUUUGGAGAAAUCAAAUCAGUUGUAGUUGUACAUAAAUCAAAAUGUGCAUUUGUUAAUUAUGCAACCAGGGCUUCAGCUGAACAAGCAGUAGAAAAAUCACAUAAUAAUUUAAAUAUUAAAGACCAUGAUUUGAAAAUAUCUUGGGGUAGACCAAGACCUACAGGGCCUAAAUCAGAAAUAGAAGCAGUUACUGUAUCUCAAGGGCUUAUUCUGCCGCCACUUGAAUCAAUACAAAUUCCAGCACCACCUAGUCAAACUGCAGCUGGUAUCGUAUAUCCAAGUCAAGGUUUUGUUCCCUCAAGUUUUUUUAUGAGAAUCAUUCUUUUGGAGCUCUCUGAGUUUGAUAUUCCGACUUCCUGUGGUGAAUGUUGGACUCAAGAUAUAAUAAACAUUUCAAAAACUUGA